AUGGCUCAACUACUUAGAAAAGGAUCAUUGCUGCCUCUUGUAAUGGGAGUGUUCGUGAUCGUGUUGAUGAUUGUUGGGGGUUCAUUGGUAGAGGCAUGGUUUUUCAAUUCAAAAUCAAAAAAGUAUUAUUGGGUUUCUUCUGUAAUGUCAACUCUGAGAUUGGGCAGUUCAUGUAUGAUCAAUGUGCAGGAAGAAAUAGUGUUUGGUUUUGAGGGAGAUUUUGGAAGAGUUGAGAGAGCUAUUUGUCAUUCUAAUUUACCUUUUAAUGCAGGGCAGUUUAUUGUUGAAGAUUUGAUGGUUUCUUCCAAUUAUUCGAAAGUGUUCAAAACUGAAACAGAUCUAUCUCAGAAAAAAUCCUGUUUUUCCAUAAUUGCUUUCCUAAAAGAAAGAACACCAACAGAUCAAACUACCUAUGUCAAAUUCACUUUCACCUAUUUAAUUAAAGGACCACUGGCUGGCUAUCAAGAUGGUGAACGAAAGACUUUCGAAUUGGGAUGGAAUAUGAAAUUUAAAAAGGGAUAUGUUGACAAAGCUACUUUCAGAAUUGAAUAUCCUUCAAAAUUGUAUCGACUGAACGAUGAUGUUUCUCCAAAGGUUAUUGAAAAAGGAAUGCAUAGAAUUGAAGAACAUUUCAGACAACUUUCUCCACAAAGUGUCAUGAGUAUUAAUUUGAAAGGAAUUGUAAAGAGUUCAACAAUUGAAUUAUGCACUCCAUCAAGCAUUCCACCCUUUAUCAUCGUAGGUGGAAUUGUUGUAAUUGUUUUGAUUUUUUGUUGGGCAUCUAAAACAGAGAAAGUUAACAACAAAAAAGAUGACCCACCAAUUGACAAUACCUCCACUUCUGAUACCUACACCUAUGAUUAUUAUUCAGAUGGCUCGUGUGGCAGUUGUGGUUGUGAUGCUGAUUGA